AUGUCACGCUAUUCAAGACCACCAAAUUCAUCAUUAUAUGUCCGCAACGUACCAGAUGGUACGCGCCCUGAAGAUUUGCGAAGCUUGUUUGGAAAGUAUGGACCCGUUACAGAUGUCUACAUUCCUAUGGAUUAUUAUACCAGACGACCCCGUGGUUUUGCCUAUCUAACAUUUGAAGACCCAAGAGAUGCAGAUGAUGCUCUUUACCACCUAGAUCGCAGCAAGUACUAUGGCAGGGAGCUGGAAAUUGAGUUUGCCAGAGGUGACAGAAAAUCACCAGGUCAGAUGAGAGGAAAGGAAAGGUCAUCCCGCAGAUCCAGGUCACCAUACUCUAGACAUGAUGACUAUGAUAGGAGACGCUCCAGAAGCCGUAGUCCAAGGCGAUCCAGGUCCCGCAGUCGUACCCCAAAAAGAGAAAGACGAUCUUACAGCCGCUCCAGAAGUCGAUCAGGUUCCUUUGACAGAAGAAAGAAAGAUGGAUCAAGGAGUCGAUCCAAUACCCGUAGCCCAGCCAAGUCAGACAAACACAGAGAUGAGUCACCAUUGGAAUAG